AUAGGAUUAGGAAAUAGAAGAAAGAAAGAAGAAAAGCAACAACGAAGACCAUUGCCCCUGCCAUCAAAAUUUUGAUUCUCUGAUUCCCUUUUGUGGGAUCAGAGGGUCACCAUUGUCGUUUUCUUUCUCACCCUUUCAGAGAGGGAGAGGAAAAUGGAAGGGUGGCUCUAUCUCAUUCGCGCCAAUCGGUUUGGUCAGCAUUAUUCACGUAAGAGGUACUUCAUCCUCAAAGGCAAUGCCCUCCGAAGCUUCAAGAUCAAACCCACUUCUCAAAUGGAGGAGCCAAUUAGGAGUGCAAUAAUAGACUCCUGCAUUCGGGUUAAUGACAAUGGAAGGGAGACUAUGAACAAAAACGUGUUGUUUAUUUUCACUGUAUAUAAUGCCACAGAUCAAAGUGAUAAGCUUAAGUUGGGAGCAAGUAGUUCAGAAGAAGCUGCAAGAUGGAUACGUACCUUGCAGGAUGCUGCAAUGAAGGGGUGCCCAAGUCCAGCAAAGAAUUUAGUGGCUUGUCACAAGAAAAGGCGUUCAAGUUUGAGAAACGGAGGCUCAAAAAGCACAGAUUGGAAAUACUCCAACUUGAAUUUUCAAUCGUGCAUAUACACUGAAGCAAUGACCGCUGAUGUUAUUGCUCCUUCACCAUGGAAGAUUUUUGGUUGUCAGAAUGGGCUAAGAAUGUUCAAAGAAGCCAAAGAUUGGGAUUCCCGUGGAAGUCAUUGGGUGGGUGAAAACCCAGCAAUAAUGGCAGUUGGUGUGGUUGAUGGAGCUUCAGAGGCCAUCUUCCAUACUCUUAUGACUCUUGAUCCCUCAAGAUCAGAAUGGGACUUUUGUAUUUACCGAGGCAAUGUGGUUGAUCACAUUGAUGGUCAUACAGAUAUUAUUCAUUUGCAGCUGUACAAUGAUUGGUUACCAUGGGGAAUGAAACCAAGAGAUUUGUUGUUACGAAGAUACUGGAGGAGGGAGGAUGAUGGAUCAUAUGUGUUAUUAUUCCAUUCUGUGUACCAUUCCAAGUGUCCACCCAAGAAAGGCUAUGUCCGAGCUUGCGUUAAAAGUGGAGGAUUUGUAGUGACUCCUGUUAACAAAGGAACACAGUCCGUUGUGAGGCACAUGCUUGCUGUAGAUUGGAAGUUUUGGAAAUUGUAUUUGCGCCCCGCAUCAGCAAGAUCCAUAACCAUUCGUAUGCUUGAACGAAUUGCAGCACUAAGAGAGUUGUUUAGAACAAAAGGAGGAAACUACUCCUCUGAACCUCUUGCAAUGACAAAAGAUAUAGGGUUGCCUCUUGGUGUAAAGGAGGAUAUUAAGACUGAAGUUUCACAAGAGAAAAACAAGUUUGAGGAACCACCUCUUGUUGUCAUGGAAGAUGAAGUAGAACCUUCUGGCCGUAGAAGUUUAAUGGGGUUGAAUGAUUCUGAUGAGUUCUUUGAUGUUCCUGAACCAACGGAGUAUGAUCACUUUCAGAAUGAGUGGCAUGCUGACUUGUCUUCAGAACAGAUGAGUAUGUCCAUCCCCAGAAUGACAUCAGCUGCUGGUUUCGUUAAAAAAUUGCACGGCCUUGCAGUUCAGAAAAAGGGGUAUAUGGAUUUGCAAGAAGCUGCAAUGGAGGAAAGUACAUCAUGCUCUUAUGGAGCCACUCUCCAAAAGGAUUCAAGUUGUGCUUCACCCUGCACCUGGGCUGCUUCUGAUCCAUCUUUGUUUUUGGUUCGAGGAGAAAAUUAUUUACAAGACCAUCAGAAGGUGAAGGCAAAUGGCACCUUGACGCAAAUGGUUGGUGCAGAUUGGCUUCGUUCUGACACAAGAGAAGAUAACUUGAGUAGUCGUCCUGGUUCCAUAGUUCAGCAAUAUGCAGCAAAAGGUGGUCCAGAAUUCUUUUUUGUUAUCAACAUGCAAAUGCCCGGAAGUCCUAUGUAUUCCCUUGCACUCUAUUACAUGUUGAAAACUCCUUUGGAAGACAAUCCCUUGUUGCAGAGCUUUGUGGAUGGAGAUGAUGCUUAUAGGAACUCAAGAUUUAAGCUGAUACCAUAUAUAUCUAAGGGAUCAUGGAUAGUAAAGCAAAGUGUUGGAAAGAAAGCAUGUUUGGUGGGACAAGCGCUAGAAAUGCUUUAUAUCCGUGGGAAGAACUAUCUAGAGAUUGAUAUCGACGUUGGAUCUUCAACCGUGGCAAGAGGGGUGGCUAGCCUAGUUCUUGGAUACCUGAACAAUCUGGUGGUAGAAAUGGCAUUUUUGGUACAGGGUAGCACACCAGAUGAGCUCCCAGAAGUUCUCCUUGGAACAUGUAGACUAAAUCAUAUGGAUGCAUCCAAAGCAUUUCUGGUGAAUUCAUAAUUUUUUACCUGUUAAAUUCAUAGUGUCUUUGAGGAGCAGAAGCUGAUAGCCCUACACCAGCAAAAGUUAAGGAUGUUGUAUUAAAGCAGCUGCCCUGCAUGCUUUAUGUUGGUGGUAGGAGUUUUCUGCUGGGGCUGGUCAAUUUGCAAAAGCACUUGUUCCUCACUUUCCUCUCUAGACUAAACAUAUGUUGCACAAAACUAAUUCCUUGGCCCGGUUCGUGCCACGAACGAAUUAAUAUAAUAUAUGCAAAUCAGACGUACUUGAGCCCAAUUUAUGUUAGAGUCUUGCCCUACCUCUGCCUUCAGCUCGUGUCUUUUAA